AGACCGCUAGCAGUCUGCCCCCUGCUGCGGAGCAGACGCUGUAGCCGGCUAACAUAGACAGCUGCUGGCGCUGGAUACGGGAACGAGGCCGGGAAGAUGACGGAACAGGAGGCGGAUAAGGUGCAGAAAGUGAUACUGGGGCCUCUGUGAACCCACUCAGAAAUGUGCUGCUUAAUGUCACGCCAUAAGAAAUAAGAGGGGCUCGACUAGCUAACGUCAGCUAGCUCGCCAGCUAGCCGGUUAGUGCUGCUGCUCGAUGAGGCUCAGUUCAUUUGGAAAUGCAAGCCUCAUUUAGCGGGCCAGCACGGCAUGAGAGAGGUGAGUGACCCUGGAUCCUGCCGCUGCAUCCUGUUGUUGACUGGGGCGGCUGUUCAGCUAAAAAGCUGUCAUUGUGGCUAUUUGGCGUUAGCCGGCUUGCUAACAGCACGUCAGCGCAAGUGAACUGGUUAGCUGGCCGUGAGGAUGAUCGGUAUGUGUGUGAUGCUCAGAGACCGCUGUAGAGGGGACAGACACUGGGCACGGCCCUGCUGCAUUUAACACACACCGCGUCCUGUGCUUGAACUCAGCUUCAGCGACACUGGGCAUAUGAAGCGAACAGUUCAGCGACACAGACGGCUGCUGUGUGCAGAGUGGACGAGUCAGCUGAAAGCAGAACAACAAGUUUGUAGUGUUGGCAAACUAAGAGGCGUCGGCUGCCCUCCCAGUCCUUCCCUGCCAGCCCCCAGUUCACAGGAAUCAUGUGAGGCGGACACCGGUAAGCCCGGUCCGUGUCCGUUACUUCAGUAGGUUCGUGCCGCAGGCUGCUCUCUGUCAUCCUACCAGUCAGCUCCACGUCGGCUGGCGGAGGGAGGAGGGGAUUCACCGAGACUUUCAGCUGGUACACUUUGUGACAGGAGCAACAGUUUUUCUUCUGCUCGGCUCCUCUUGUCAGCUUAAAGCCCUGCAUGACUGAACAGGACCACGACUUCAGGAUGGUGGAAGGAUAACAUUCAAGGAGUUGCACUCCCUCCACCCAAAGUGACCUGUCUUCUCCUUUUGUCCACUUUCACCUGCAGUCCGUUUUGCUAGCUGCAAGCUUGCUGACCUGACCUUAUGGGAUUUCAUAGACUGCAUGUGUUCCACAGUAACAUCAUGUAAAUUCCUUUUAAAUUAGACAUUCUUAUAGCAGACACCCUCCUCACUGAAGGACCGAAUGAAAUAAGUACAGAGUGGUGGGAUAUUAACUCCCUGCACAUCCAAAAUAGUCACCUUGGUCUGUAGGAUUCAUACUGGUAUCGCUUGUUCCUUAUCAACCCCACCCCUUUUCUAGUGUUAUUGGGCCAUGGUUCGCAAGAAAAGCUCUUUUAUACUAUGCGGUGCUUUCCUGUUUGUCGCCUGGAAUGCUUUGCUUCUACUUUACCUUUGGGGUCGCCCUCCCAUGGGCCACCUAGGAGAAGGCGGUGGAGCUGAACCAGGAGGAAAGGAGGAGUGGGGCAUGGUCAGAGGUAAAGGAGGUCGAGUUAACCUUGCUGGGGAGGUCAUCCGACUGGCCGAGGAGGUUGAAAUUCAACUUGACACCCAGAAAAAGCUAUUAAAGCAAAUUGAAAGUCACAGGGCAGUGUGGGCUCAGCAGAAGGAGAUUGGGAAGAAGCAAACUGAUAAUAUCAAAGAAGUAAAUCAGAUUGUUGACCAGCAGCAGAAUAAUCCAGUUCCUCUCAUAAAUGAUGUGUAUGUUGGGGACCAAGGUGAAAUAAAACACACACAGAGGUCUGUUGCUACAGUAGCUGCAGGCUCCAAUAUAGAACGGCAUCAGGCCACUGAUGUAAAGGAAGAGGUUGCUGAGGACAAUAAAGUAACAGCUUCUGUUUCUGGUCCACAAGUCAUCAUUCCCAUUCUGGUUAUUGCCUGUGACAGAGUGACAGUAAAGCGGAGUCUUGACAAACUGAUACAGUACCGCCCUUCUCAAGAACUGUAUCCAAUCAUUGUCAGCCAAGACUGUGGCCAUGCUGAGACGGCUCGUGUGAUUGGCUCAUACGGAGAAAAAGUAACGCACAUAAGCCAACCAGACCUGUCGGACAUCAGAGUCCGGCCAGAGCACAGGAAGUUCCAGGGGUACUACAAAAUCGCCCGACAUUACCGCUGGGCACUCAACCAAGUAUUUCACACAUUCUCGCAGUCUACUGUGGUCAUUGUGGAGGAUGACUUGGAGGUCGCACCUGACUUCUUCGAGUAUUUCCGAGCCCUGUAUCCAAUCUUGCGUUCUGACCCAACCCUGUGGUGCGUUUCUGCCUGGAACGAUAAUGGCAGAGACGCCUUGGUGGAUUCGUCCAAAGCUGAUCUCCUCUACAGAACAGACUUCUUCCCUGGUCUGGGCUGGAUGCUGCUGAAAGAGAUGUGGGAUGAACUGGAGCCCAAAUGGCCAUCGGCCUUCUGGGACGACUGGAUGCGUCAGCCGGAACAGCGCAACGGCCGCUCCUGCAUUCGGCCAGAAAUCUCUCGGACUAUCACCUUUGGCCGGAAAGGUGUGAGCUUAGGUCAAUUCUUUGACCAGUACCUUCGUUAUAUUAAGCUAAACACUGAAUUUGUGCCUUUUACCAAACUGGAUUUGUCUUAUUUGCUAAAAGAGAAGUAUGAGGAAAAGUUUAUUAAAGAGGUUUAUAGCGCCCCACUGGUAAAGAUUGAGGAUCUGCAACAAGGGGGCAGUUUAAGAGGACCUGGGCCGUACAGGGUGCAGUACUCCACCAGGGACAGUUUUAAAGUCUUUGCUCGAAAUCUGGGAGUAAUGGAUGACUUAAAAUCAGGAGUUCCUCGUACAGGUUACAGAGGUGUGGUCAACUUCCUGUACCGUGGUCGAAGGGUGUUCUUAGCUCCACCAGAGGGCUGGUCGCAGUAUGACACCAGCUGGAGCUGAGAAACCCAGACGUGGUCCAAAUGGUGUUGAAGAGGGGACAGAGCCUUAAUCAGAGGAACACCCUCUCAGACCAAAGAAUACGGUGGACGCAGGAGUUCAAAGUUAAACGUGGAGCUGGAAGGCCGAGCUUCUAAAACUGACGCUCAUUGAGGAUCGGCACGCGUGGGCCGCACAGACUUCAGAGCGGUCCCACUUUGGCUGAAGCCAUUCCAUCCUUAAACUAAACGGCUGCUGUCGGCGUGCCUUGCUUUCUGGGCUCAUUUUGUUUGGUGUAUUCUCUCUUCUUGUGACAAACUGGCCAAAUAUAGACUUGACAUCACUUUCAGAUGUUUGCAGCAGCUACUAGUAAUCAUGUCAUUAUCAACAGUGUGAGUGAUGGUACACUGCAGUGGAGCCUGACAGGUAUUGGAUCAAUGCAGUUUUGUUUUUUGGUGGGUCUUAGUUUUGGCUAGUCUGUGAUGCAGAAAGAGUAAGCACCACUCUGCUAGAUAAACUAUGAUAACACAUUUGUAAUGACUCCCCAAGCAUUUUGCUAUGAACAUUAUCAAUUUGCACAUACUAGACAAAAAGUAAGCAGAUACUGUGAAAUCCUAGAAUCAGUCAGACUGCACUGAAAGCAAGCACACUAAUCACCUUUCACACCUGGGAGAAAGAAGUGUCCUAUGUAACACCUUCUUAUCCACCUCUUGGCUUCUGUAACGCUUCUAGAAGGCAUCACGCAUUAGAUCGUAUAUAAAAGAUGGACACACUGAAGCCUCGAGCUGACCAUUUUAAACAUCAGCUGAACAAAGUGAGGGGUCAAUCUGACUGUGCAGUGUUUCCCUCCACCUUCCUCCAGCUCACCGAUGUGACUACAGAGACAAAAGCAGGGAAAAAUGAUUUGUGACCAUUAACCGAUUGAAGUAAAUAAACACAGCUUCAAUUGUU